AUUUCAUCCAAUUUGCAUCACGCUCACGCUCACGCCCUCUCUCACGGUCUCACCUACCCCCUUCUUCUUCUUCGGGACACCCUCGCCUCGCCUCUCGCGCCUCGCAACACACACACGGACAGGAUCAUGUCUUCCAAAAACGACAUCCGCAUGUCCACUGGCAGCAGUGGCGACGAGGAUCGGAAACUCGAAGGCGGCGAGUCUACUGUUAAUGGCUCGGCCCCUUCUGCUGGUGCUGCUGUGCGCUCUGAACCGAGCACGACGACUUCCAAGGCGGAUUUGCAUCCUGCGUUUUAUAUUGCGCUUUGGAUUUGUCUUUCGGGAGGUGUGAUUCUUUUUAAUAAAUGGGUUUUGCAUACGGCGAAGUUUGAAUUCCCACUCUUCUUGACGACAUGGCACAUGUUCUUCGCCACGGUCGUGACCCAAUGUCUGGCCAAGUUUACGACCAUUCUCGAUUCCCGACACAAGGUGCCUAUGAACCGCGAAACCUACACUCGAGCCAUCCUUCCCAUCGGCCUGUUCUUCAGCUUCAGUUUGAUCUGUGGAAAUGUCGCCUAUCUGUAUUUGAGUGUGUCGUUUAUUCAGAUGUUGAAGGCAUCUAAUGUGAUUGCCACUCUCCUCGCUACAUGGGCCUUCAUGAUCACUCCGCCAGAUAUGAAGAAGCUCGCCAAUGUCUCUGCCAUUAUGGUGGGAAUCAUCAUUGCCUCGUACGGCGAGAUCCAAUUCGUCAUGACUGGCUUCAUCAUUCAAAUGGCUGGUAUUGUCUUCGAGGCGGUCCGACUCGUCAUGGUGCAGCGUAUUCUCUCUGCGCCCGAGUUCAAGAUGGACCCAUUGGUCUCUCUCUACUACUACGCACCUGCCUGUGCUGCGAUCAACGGAGUCAUCACUCUGUUCGUGGAAGUGCCCAAGAUGGGUAUGGGCGAUAUCUACAAUGUGGGCAUCUUCACUCUGCUCCUCAAUGCAGCAGUCGCCUUUGGAUUGAACGUUUCUGUUGUCUUUUUGAUUGGCAAAACUUCCGCCGUUGUGCUCACUCUCUCGGGUGUGCUCAAGGAUAUUCUCCUGGUCGUCGCAUCCAUGGUCAUUUUCCAGGACCCUGUGGCACCUCUGCAAUUCUUCGGGUAUUCCAUCGCUCUCGGCGGACUGGUCUGGUACAAGCUCGGCGCCGACGGAGUUAAGAACGGCCUGCGCGAUUCCCAACUGGCGUUUGCCCAAAUGCGUCAAAACAAUCCUGCGCGAGCCAAAGGACUAGUUCUGGCCGCCGUCUUGAUCGGCGCUUUCCUGGUCAUGUAUUCGUUCUUCCCGUCGCUCAUGGGCAUUGCACCAAAGACACCUUUCACAGGUUGAACAAUAGUGCCAAAAACAAGUACAGAUCGCCCGGAGUGGGACAGUUGCACCAUCUGCACAGCGCAACUCAUCCCCCUGGUGCGUGUUUUAUAUAUAUUGACAACGAGCUCGAAACCGAGGCUUGUGUCGGAAGGAGACAGCGGUGAUGACUGGUAGCGUCUCGGAGAAGACGAAGAGAGGAAGAGAGCUCUCUCCCGGAUGGAAGAUGCUGCACCACACAACAUUCGCGCGCAAAUUCCCCCCAACAACAACACCGAGCACUGGAAGUUUUUUGAACGUGCAAAACCGCCGCGCAAAUGAUUUUUCAGUUUUCCCCUUUCGAAAGCAGUGGCAGGACCCACCCAACCCCCUUAUAGAGAUUUUAGAGCAGACACCAAGUGUGCGAAACCCCUUUUUUUUUCUCUUCAGCUAGCAGCAACAUUAUGGGCAGAUUGAGGUCGGAACAAAGUAGAAAUUGAGAGUGAGAAUGGAAUAUUUAAUGUUAUAAAAACAAU